CCUUAUUCUCUUCCACCACUGCCACAAUGGCCGACCAGCUCGCCACCAAGUACACGUCCCAACUUCAACAGUUAACAGCAAUAUUCCCCGAUUGGGAUGAGCAGGAUCUGCUCUUCACUUUGCAAGAUGUCAAGGGAAACCUGGAGGAAGCUGCGGUGAUGAUCACCGAAGGCCGCGCUCAACAAUUUACGACAGCCAGCAGUAAGAAGAAGGCCGCCAAGCCAAAGGACAAGGCGCUUUCCAGUAGAAAUGCGGACACUGGGGGAUGGGGCGACGCCGGAAGCUUUGACUCUGGUUUUGACAACAAGAGCACAAGGGGUGGAAGGGGAGCUCGAGGCGGACGAGGUGGUAGCAGGGGUGGCCGAGGUGGACGAGGUGGAGAACCCUCUCGCGGUGGCCGUGGUGGCCGAGGCGGCUCCCGAGCUGAUCGAGGCGGCUUCUCCGGCUCAAACGAAGCUUGGGGAGCUUCUACUUCCAACGAAGCUAGUCAGGGUUGGGGCGAGUCAGUUACUACCACCGAAGGAUGGGGUGAGAGUGCUCCUGCCACCCUGGCUGCUACACAAGGAGAUGGAGGAUGGGGAGUCGAAUCAGAGCAACCAGAUGCCCCCGCGGAGAGCAAUGGCGAUGAUUUUGCCGGUUCCGGUGGAUGGGGUGACGCCCCUGCGCCCAAGGAAAUUGAAAAGGCUGCUAAGCAAGGCGGCAACGCAUGGCAGCCCGAAAUCGAAAGGCCUGUGCCUGUUGCCCAGCCUUCCGCACCCGUCGCUAAGCCUAAGCUAACUUGGGCUCAAAUCGCAAAACCUGCCGAGAAACCUAAGCCCGUUCCUGCCCCCGCUCCUGCCUCCGCUUCUGCCUCCGCUCCUGCUGUUGAGCCUGCUCAUGCUGCCGAUGACAACGCCGGUGGCUGGGGUGACGAGCCUGAACAGAUCACUUCCGAUGAGCCCAUUGCCCAGGAAUCACCAGAAGUCCCUGCCGAUGCCCUUGAAGAAACUGCCGUUGAAGCUGUUGAGUCUUUCGGUGACGUCCCUGCACAAGAGGAAGUUGACGUCGAGGCCGAAGCUGUCGUUGGGUCUAUCGAAACUCCUGUUGAGCCCGAACAAGCGCAAGAGCUUCAUCCGCAAAAGACUGCGCCUCAAUCUACAGAGCAAGACAGUUGGGAAACUGACCCUGCCAUUGCUGGUUCUGGAAGCGAGCAAGCUGCCGCGGCUGCUCCAGAGCCUGCCACUACUUAUCAGGGUCCCCCUGGUUUUAGUUCUGUCACUGCUAAGGCUGCUCCAGGUGUUCAGACCGGUCCCCGAUCCAAUUCUCGCGCUGCUCAGAGGUACAAGGAGGCUGAAGGACAGGGUGUCGUCCUUCCCGCUAGUGUCGGCGGUUUGACUGGUGUCGAGAUGCAGUUUGGUAGUUUGAGCUUUGGUGGAUUGCAAGGAGACGGGGUGGACUCUCCUGUGCCCGAGCCUAAGCAAAAGUCUCCUGUCCAGGCCGCUCCUGCUCCUGCUCAACCCCAGGCUCAAGCUUCUCUUCAACAUCAGGCUCAAGCCCAGGCUUCCCCUAUUGCUCCUACUCAACCCUCUGUCACCGCUCUAUCUCAACCUCCUUCCUCUACUCCUUCUCAACCUCCUGUUCCUUCAGCUCCUCUCUACCAACAGCAGCCCGCCCAGCCACCUGCUUUCUCCGCCGCCGCUCCUCACCAGACACUUCAACAACAGAUGCAUGCUUACCAAUACCUCCAACAACAACAAGCUCCGGCUCAAUCCCAAACUCCCGAACAUGGCUUGCAACAGUCUCAGAACCAGUUCUAUCGCGGACACGACUUUUACAGCCCCAUUGGUUCGCAGGGUGAGCAACCUCAAGGUCAGCAGCCCCAACAGCAGCCUCAGCAACAACAAGCGCAGAUCGGUCAGGCGAAUCAACAACCUACCAAUAGCCCAUACGAGCCUUUCGGGGCGUUCGGCCAGCAGUCCCGAUUCUUGGGUCAACAGGCGCAGAGUAACCAACAGGUGCACGCCACAGACCCUUAUGUUGCGGCCCAGAGAUCUUACGAUUCUUACAAUGCCUCCGGCUACCCCCGACCCCCUGUCGAGGAACCCAAACCUGCGGCCACCCCCUCCCACCCCACCGCCCCGGGGCAGUUGCCACAUCAGCAGAGCGGGUUCUACUCUGGUAUGGGCAACAUGGGUUAUUACCAGCAAGGUCCUUACAACCCUUAUUACCAGUACGGCCAAGCCCCUCAAGCCGGUUUCCAGCAGUACUACCCUCGAAAUCUCUAUGGUCAACCAGCUCCUCAGGCUGCCCCUGCACCUAUCCCCGCCGCUAAGCCCCAGCCCACUCAAUCUCCUUACGGUGCUCCUCCUUCAUACCCUGCUUUCAACAAUGAGGAGUCCUUUGGCAGUUUGGGCAGGUAUGACUCCAAACCAGCUCAGCCCGCCGGCCAACCCCCUGCUCAAGGACAGAGCGCCAUUGGUGGUACCUACGGCUCCCAGGGUCUUCACGGCUUUUUAGGAAUGAACAACGCCCAAACUGGCAGUGCUCGGCCUCAAGCCUCCAACGCCUCUGAAGACUUCAAGGUUGCCUCCUCUGGCUCCAACGCCACCACUUCCAACCCCAACGCUACCGCGACCUCUGGUGCCGCUGGUGGUGGUGGUGCUGGCGUGGCCCAAGCGCAGCGGGCGCCUAACCAACCCACCGCCGUUCAGGCUCAACAGCAAGGCCAGCAGGGCCAGCAACAACAAGGUUUUGGAAGCUAUCCUUACGGUGGAGGCUACGGUGGUCAGGACUGGGGACAGUACGGUGGUCACUAUGGAUCUAGGAACUAUUCUCACUGGCAGCAGUAAGCCCUUGAGGACUGGUCCUGCAGGGCGUCUGAUAGAAAGAAGAGUUUAUAAACGAGGGCAGAUGAAAGGAGUGACGAUAGGAAUGGAAAGAUGGGAAUGAAAAGAUGGAAGCUGUGCAAAAAUUACUCAUGGAAGAGAAGUCUGGAGAGAUCAGAUAAGAGGACGGCUCAGGCGUUUUGGCCUGGGUAGUUUUUACAAAACAAAAUAGUUGACAAGUGCAAGUUGAUUAAAAAUGAUUAUCUCUUUUCCCUCUA